UUUCUUACAUUGUUAAUAUUAGUUUUAAUUUCAUAUUUUGCACACUGGUUAAAUUGUCAUUGUAUUUGCUACUCAGGUGUGUGGUUUAAACAGAUAGGGCAUUGCUGGUGUUGCAACAAGCCAAGCAGGAUGGAGUUUAAAUAUGGAAGAACGUUGAGAGAAAACAGCUUCAGUCCAAAACAUCGGCCUCAACCUUCACCCAUGAAGAAGGAUAUCUUCCGGAGGGAUCUAGGAUUAGAUGAUGAUGAUGCUCUUCCUGAUAUGUCAAGCUCAAGUGAUGAGGAUUCUGAUGGAACUCAACCCAGUGAGAUCGAAUUCAACAUCAUACAGAAAGAGCUAACCACAUGCACACAGCAGAGGGAUGCUCUCAGAGAUAAAACAGAAGAACUCCAGAAAACAGUUCAGCAUCUUAAGAGCCGACUUCAAAAAGAGGAAAUAUCGAAGAGAAGUCGAAUGAAGAUGAUGCAACGCACACAAGCUGAUGUCCUCAAAGAUAAACAAAAGUUGAUAGAAGAUUUACAAGAUAUACUGGAGGAAAACGGUGACAGCAGCAGCAUGAAACUUGUCACAAACAUUGAACAACUCCAUAAAGAAAAGGCAAACUUACAUGCUGAACUAAUGAAGGCUUUUGAUGAGUAUGACACCAAGAUGAAUGAGAUGGAGGAGAAGUUGAGAAAUGCACCACACCCGAUCAUAAAUGGUCAUAAUGGUGACAUUUCCCAGGCGAUUUCUGCAGAAAAAGAGAAUUUAGAAAAAAAACUUUUGGAAGUUGAAAGACAACAAAGUGAGGAGAAAACUCGUAAUGAACGAUUGUUGAAAAACAAAGAAAAUGAAAUCGGAGAUUUACGUCACGAACGGGAUAAACUGACAGAUAAAGUUGAUACAAUUGAAAACCAGAUGAGUGACUUGAAAGAGACAAUCAAACAAAACGAAAGAAAAUUGAAAAAGAGUGAAGAGACUUCUCAAAAGUUAAUCCAGGAACAAACUUCUCAAAUUGAAUCUUUAGAAAGUGAAAAUAAUAAGUUAAAACGUAAUGUUGAAGUUAUGCAACGAGAAUCGCAGAGCCAUGCUUCCAACCAACAUAACCUCGACUUGCAAGCUCAUAAAUUAUCUGAUGAAAAUCAAAACCUUCUGGUGGAGUUGAAAAAAUGUAACAAGAAAAUAGAAGAUCUUGAAAGGCAAUCUCUGGAGCUCGCAUCGUGUAAAAGUGAAGUUCUAGAGAUGAAAGAAGAAAAUAAUGAGCUGGAAAUCAAGUUGAAACGAGUUGGAUCCAGUUUUGACCGGCACAAGGCUACUUCUAAGGAAAAGCUGCGUUCAGUGGAGCGUGACUUGGAAGAGUCGCGUGCGCUCAUGCAUCAACAGCGAAAAGAAGCUGCCGAGAAUUAUCAGGAAUUAAAACGAGCAAUGAACCGUAACGAGGAACAACUCAAGCGCGAAAUCGCUGAAUCAGAAGAAGCUUUUAACGAACAGAAACUGGAGUCGGAUAAAUUGAUUCAGAGAUUGGAGGAAAAUCUUUCAAAAUCGAAAACCAAAUAUUCGCAAGUAAAAGAAGAACUAACUGAAGUGAAUUCAAAACUAUUUUCCAAACUUACUGAGUGUGAGAAUAUGAAAGAGGAGUUGGAAACAAAAGGAGCAGUGGUGAUUAUGACGAAACAAAAGCUGCAGGAAAGUGAAAGAGUGGUGGAGCAAAAACAAGUGAAAAUUGAAGAACUUGAGAAUAAAGUUGGUUGUGUAGAACUGGAAAAAGAGAAUGCACAGAGACAGUUGCAAAUAAUGAGCGGAAAAUCUGAUUCCGCACUCGCACAGAAGGAAAAUGAGACGGGAAAUCUUCGUAUACAACUCAACACAUUGCAAAACUCACUACAAGCUGAAAAGCGUAAACAUGAAUCGAUGGCAAAAGUUGCUACUGAAGUACAAGCCAAGAACACUGCUCUUGAAAAACAGCUGUGUGAUCAAAUUUCCAAACACCGGGUAGAGGUAGAGAGCAUGGUUGAAUCUCAACGUGUUGAAAUGUUGAAAAUGAAACACGAUGCUGAGUUUGCUACACAAUCUCUUACUAUCAAAACCAAAAGUUUGCAUAAAUCUAUCAGACAAGUGACAUCGGUGUUACACAAGCUCUCUCAUGAAAACACUCAACUACGAAGAGAAGUUGAAACAUUUCCUCUUCUUCUCCAAGAAGGAAUAAAGAGAGCUGGCAAGCAGAUAUCCGAAGCAUUGUGCGAGGUGAAUGAAAGUAGCAAGGAUCUUGUGAGAAGAUAUAGAAAGGAAAUGAAACUCCGGAAGAAAUAUCACAACGAACUUGUUGAAUUGAAGGGAAAUAUCCGUGUGUUUAGACCUCUUAAAUUCAAAGCAGGAAAAACUUGA